CCAAUUCCGAUUUAGGAAGAAAUGGCAAAGAGAAACUCCAAGUAGAAAAGCUCCAAGACCAAUCGCCAAACUGAUGACUUUAUCCUUUUUCUCUCCGUUUCGUAGGAUUGCCUGGUCUUUUGUGAAACUAGAGAAAAUGUCACUAUCGACUAUGAAAGCUUGUGUUUUCCCUGGUGUAGGACAACCUAUGCGUACAGAAAUCUUACCCAUUCCGAAACCUCAAGACGGUGAGGUUCUCGUAAAAGUGGCGGCUUGUGGUGUUUGUCAUACAGAUCUACAUGUUAUAAAGGGUGAAGUGAAGUUUCCAACUCCAGCAGUAUUAGGACACGAGAUUUCGGGCACAAUUGAAGAGUUAGGUCCUGGAGUGAAAAGUGAGAUGCUCAAAAAGAACCAAAGAAUAGUUGCUUCCUUCAUCAUGCCUUGUGGAUGGUGUCGUUUGUGUUCUGUGGGAAGAGACGAUCUUUGUGAGAACUUCUUCAACUAUAAUCGUUUAAAAGGUCAGUUGUAUGAUGGCAAAACCAGACUUUUUCGUGAAGACAAGUCUCCCAUUUGGAUGUAUUCUAUGGGAGGCCUUGCAGAGUAUUGCGUAGUACCUGCAACUGCAGUAUUUCCUAUUCCACAAAAUAUGCCACUAGAUACUUCGGCAAUUCUUGGUUGUGCCGUAUUUACUGGUUAUGGCGCAGUUCGUCAUAAUGCCGAUGUCCGAAUCGGUCAGCGAGUAGCAGUUGUUGCAGCUGGCGGUAUUGGUUUAAACGUCAUCAACUGGAGUAAACUGAGUGGUGCAUCUCAAAUAUUAGCUUUGGAUAUAGAUGAUAAAAAACUAGAGUUGGCAAAACUGAUGGGUGCGACUCAUACUCUUCGUUCUGAUAAUAAGGAUAUAGUACAAAAGGUGAGAGAACUGACGGAAGGAGAGGGAGUUGAUAUUGCUUUUGAGGCCUUGGGAACUCGACAAACCUUCGAAUUGGCCAUGGAAAUUAUUCGAGACAGUGGCAAAGUGGUAGCUAUUGGUAUUGCUCCUGCGGGAACUACUGCUUCGGUAGAUAUUCAGAGGUUGGUAAGACGAGGUUUACAAGUUGCAGGUUCAUAUGGUGCUCGAGUUCGAGCGGAUAUGCCAGAAAUUGUGAGAAUAGUUGCAUCCAGCGAUUCUUAUAAGAAGUCAAUUACUGCAGUCUAUGAGUUGGAUGAAGCCAACCAAGCAUAUGAGGAUUUGAAGAAUCGAAAGAUUGUAGGUCGUGCAAUCGUUAAAAUGCCAAAUGCAAAUUUUUCUUAGUAAAAUUGAAGAUUGUGAUACAAAACUGUUUGUUU